CUUCCUAUGAGUUUCAUAACUUGGUGAGCUACACUUUCAUUUCAAGAUUCAGACGAGUUGCGACGAAAUGCAUUUCCAGAUCAUAUUGCUAAGCAUUUGCUUUAUGUAUUUUGCUUGCUCCAAUGCCAUCCAAUGCGAUUCCUGUGGCAAGGAGUGUGCCAACGCCUGCGGAACAAAAAACUUUCGUACCUGUUGCUUUAACUACCUACGCAAACGCUCCGAUCCCGAUGCACUGCGUCUUAGCUCUAAUAAACGGCUUAUAGACUUUAUAUUGUUGCAAGGACGCGCGCUCUUCACGCAGGAGCUGCGCGAGCGCCGCAAUAAUGGCACCCUAAUCGACCUGGACAUGGGCAACUACUAUGCCUAAAACACAUCCUCUGAUCUAUCCAAGCGCUACCGGCACAGACAAUGACAACGAUGCGAAUGUUUGAAGUGUUAAUUUUUUAAUAAAAGGCGUAAAACUCUUUGGGGCAAAGUGCUUAGAAAAGCAUUUGAUA